AUGACGGGUGCUGAGCGCCGCAAUCACCCGGCCCACCUUAAUGCCUUGCCAGCCCGGUCUCCGCUCUCUCGCAGUCCAUCUCCAUCCUUCAAGAAGCCAUCACAGCCCCACGCCUCCUCAUCUAUAACCACAAACCAGCUCAGCAACAGAUCCACGCUGGCACAAAGGGGCAAUCAGCAUCCUCACUUUGAGACGUCCAACUUCUCCGCUGACCUGCAUUUCCCCAACACAGCAUUUGGAGCCACUCCCAACUAUGAGCUGCCUCCAGAUGGAAUGUUCAACGGUGCCCGCUUCGACCCUUCCUCUUCCGCUUCUGGCUCCGCUUCUUCCUAUUGGCUCUCGGAGAAUCGUUCUCGAUCCGUCCCACCAAGGAUAGCCGUCGACAGCAGCAACACUAGACGCACCAACUCAAGGCGUGCCAUUCCUGCCAUCGACACUAGCGGCCCUCCUCAUUCGCGCCGAGAAAGUCUCAUGCAAGAUGCCGAGAAGCGUCCUACAAGCCCACACAUCACAUCAGCUACACCUACCGGUCGUCAUCAUCACCAUCACUUUGCUUCCGAAAAGUCUAACUCUCGCUCCAGCUCUGUCCACGAGCAUGAUUCUCACCGUAUACGUCAGAACGUCCAACGUGUCGCCUCUCCUUCCCUGCUCAACUCUGGCAUCGGUAGAGCUGCUGUGUCUGCGGCGCAGUCGAUCAUGGAUGCCAUGGCUGGUCGCUCUUCACCUGUUGCUACACGUUUCAAGCAUCCUACAACCCAAGAUCGCCAUAGCUCGAGUGACGACGAGGCAGGCAAAGGCCAUGGACGCAAAGCUGCUGCAUCAGUUGCAGUUCGCUUCACACCUUCCCUCUACCAUCCCCGCCACUCACAGAGCCAGCACCACGCUCAUUUCGACGAGAAAGCCACUUCUCCUUACGACACUCAAGCGCCACCACAUGGUGUCAGUACAGACCUAGCUUGGCGAGCCAGCCUCUCCGAAUCACGCAGAGCCACUCCUGCAGCUUACCGACCUCCUCUCACCUCGCCAGCCAGAAAACGUGGCAGCGUCCACAUUGACCAGCAAGCCACAGGUGAUGACAAGACAGACAUGCACCAUCACAAGUCGGCUCACUCCUCCAUCCUGAUCGGCUCACCCAUCGUCAUCCCGCAAGCUCGCAGAGGAGCCAUCAGACUACGUCCCAGACGCAAGCGAAGGCUCUCUCGUCAAGUCGGACCACAAGGCACUCUACGUCAGAGCAUCUACCUCUUGAUCGCCAAUAUUGUCCACUUUGUUCGCCUCAUUCUCAAUCCAGCAGAAGCCUUGCGUCGCUUCAGAGAGUACUGCAUCGACACUCGCAUCUCGAUCGACGAUGCCUUCCGAGACCCGCAGACAGGUGUACGAAGCUACUAUCCUCCCUGGCUACAAGCCUAUGUUCCGCUACUCAUCUGGCUCGGUAUCAGCUUGAGCAGCACCGCGCUCGUCAUUACCUUCCACACUAAAGUGUUCAUCGGUCUCGAUCGCAUGUCCUCCUACUUGCAAGGCCUUGGAUUGUGGGGCAAAGUGAUGCUCGGCUCGCUCAUUUUCCUCACCACCUUCCCACCACUUCCGCUCUACUCGACACUCAUCAUGCUUUGCGGCUUCACUUUCGGUCUAUGGCAAGGUUUCGUGAUCAGCUACAUCGCCGCUCUCUCUGGUGCUAUUGUUGUCUUUACUCUCAGUCGAUCCUUGUUGCGCGAGUGGAUGGUUGGACUGCUCGAUAAGAGUGGUGGUCUAAAAAAAGUUGUUCGAGCUAUCGAGAAGCAACCGAAGCUUCUUUUUCUGGUUCGACUUGCACCGUAUCCUUAUAAUCUCAUGAACACCUUACUUGCCAGUUCACCGACGCUGACACUGCGCACCUAUGUGACCUGUACAGCAUUGGCGCUGCCCAAGUUGCUCAUUCACACUGGUCUGGGAACAUCAAUCAAGAACUUUGCCGCCUACAACGGCGCAAUUGAAGGACAGAGCAAACAAGACGCCGAAGCAUCCCAAACAGCAGAGAAUGUCAAGAAGUGGGCUGGUUUGGUCGGCGUUGGUCUUUGUGUCGGAAUCAUGAUCUACCUCCUCUCCGUCGCUCGUAGGGCUGUUGACGAGCUGGAUGACGAGAUUGACGAUGACUACGAGGAUGUGCUUCUCGAUGAAGGUGACGAAGAGUACCUCUCCUCGGACUAUGACGAGCAAGAUGAUUCUCCAGACUCGACUUAUGGCGGAGACCAGGGUGUGGACAUGCGCCAACGUGCCGGUCCCUCCACUCUUGGUUUCCGUAACGGCUAUGCACCCAUCACUUGUUCACCCGAAGAGCGUCUGCGACAGAGUAUGCGACAUCCUCAACCGAUGCCUCUACCGUUGCUGUUGCCUGGCUCGACUUAUGAACGGGCAUCAGGAUCGGGUUCGUUUGAAGGCAGGAUCUCGUCUGUCAGCAGCGGGUCAGUAGGGAACCACUCUAUUGACCUGGCCGAUAAGAUUGCAGAGAUGGAAGCUCAUGCGGAGAAUAUGCAGUUCGAAGUGCCGUUGCAUAAUGCGGAUGCAGGAGAGGUGAUCCAGUCUCCAAGAUGGUCGCCGAUGGUAGAAGGGUUGGAGGAGAGUGUGGAUACGGGUGAUACGAUCAGGAAGGAGAAACCUUUCUUUUUCGACCAGAGUGAGGAGGAGUUGCAACAGACGAUCAGGAAUGGACGUGGAGCAAAUCAUGGUCAGCAUGAUGCGCAUGUUGCUGCUGCUCAGAAUGGUGCUCCUGGUGGAGGCGGAGGCAACUGA